AUGGUCUGUCUAAUGGGCCGAGGGAAGCUGCCGGGACGGUACACGCCUGCGGGCAUGGCAGCCAUCUUGACAGUCGCAUAUCCGUUUGACACCUUCCGGAAGCUGAUCGACAAGCUGGAGAUUGACUGGAUGAUGAGGGAGUGGGAGAUGUUGGAGGUACAAUUUGGUUUCUGGAAGGGUAUCAACCGGAGUAAUCUCUACGAGGUGUUCCUCCCACAGGAAGCUCCCGAGCCGAAACUUACAUUGAUGGCAGACUACACUGCGUUGCUCGGGGAUAAAUUCGUACAGUGUCGAAGGGAUCUGCGACCAUACCUGCCGGACUGGGCAAAAGACCUGGCUCUUGAAGGGGAACUUGUCGACGUCGAAGACCUGGAUGGCGACUAUGGUGGCGAUGUUCCGAUAAGUGGUGUGCUUCAUGGAGCUGAGGCUGUGUUCGACCGGAUGCUUCAAACCACAGCCGAUGCCAGCGCAAGAGCUUUGCAGAUAGCUGGUCAAGCUUAUCAAUAUAAAGGCGGAAGAGAUCCUCCCGAUCUGGUCUAG